CAGCCUUGCACGAAGAUGAGAGAAGCCAAAUUACCCUCCUUUUCCAACUAUGCCCUGCAAUGGUGUCUCAUGCAGCUGAGCAAGAAGGAGUUUCAGACGUUUAAGGCACUGCUCAUGGAAAAAGCUUCCGAAGUGGCAGUGUGCUCCUUUCCAUGGGUUGAGGUGGACAACGCCGACGUGGAACAUCUAGCCUCCCUCUUGCAUGAGCUUUAUGAAGAAUCUCUGGUCUGGAAAAUAUCCAAUCACAUCUUUGAAACGAUGGGCCUGUCCACAUUCUCUGAGAAGGCAAGGCAAGAGAUGAAAAAUAAGACAAGGGACUACAAGGGCUACGUGAUGACAAAAUUUGCUGCAAAGUCGGAUGAGUUCCAUGGUUUCGAACACCUUGCCUCUGACUGUCCACAAAUGCAGAUGUUGCUGGGAGCUUUCAAUCCAGACCAGACGGGCUUCCAGCCCCGCACUGUGGUUUUGCACGGAAAAUCAGGAAUCGGGAAAUCCGCUUUGGCCCGAAGGGUCCUGCAGUGCUGGGCGCAGGGUGAACUCUACCAGGCCAGGUUCUCCUACGUCUUCUUCCUCUGUGUCAGAGACAUGCAGUGCAUGAGGGAGGGCAGCUUCGCAGAGUUAAUUUCCAGAGAGUGGCCAGACUCCCCAGUUCCAAUGAUGGAGAUCAUGUCCCAACCAGAAAGGCUCUUGUUUAUCGUUGACGGUUUUGAUGACCUGGACUUCGCCUUCCAAGAUGACGACACGAGUCUCUGUGAAGACUGGGCAGACAAGCGACCCCCGUCUGUUCUGAUGCGUAGUCUGCUGAAGAAGGCGCUGCUCCCAGAGUCCUCACUGAUGAUCACCGUCAGAGACACGGGCAUAGAGAAGCUCAAAUCCAUGCUCACGUCGCCCCGUUACCUGCUCGUGGGGGGCAUCUCCGUGGAGAAGAGGGUCCAGCUGCUCCUUCGGCACACGAAGAACGAGCAUCAGAAGACGCAAGUCUUGCGAGCCGUGGCCGACAGCCGCUCGCUGCUGGACGCGUGCCAAGUCCCCGUCUUGGGGUCGCUCAUCUGUGAGGCUUUGAACCUGCAGGAGGUGUGGGGAGAACGCCUUCCCCCUCCCUGCCACACUCUCACAAGCUUGUACGCCACGUUUGUGUUCCGCCAGCUCGGCCCGCGAGACGCCUCCCGGCGCCGUCUCAGCCAGGACGAGACCGCCGUCUUGAGGAGCCUGUGCCUCCUGGCUGUGCAGGGCGUGUGGCGCGGGAAGUUCGUGUUCUACGCAGAUGACCUCUACGCCCACGGACUGCGGGAGUCUGAGCUCUCUGCUCUGCUUCACACAGACCUCCUCCUCCAGGACGGCCGCCGGGAGAGGUGCUGCUACUCCUUCCUGCACGUCAGCCUGCAGGAGUUCUGUGCUGCCCUGCACUACGUUCUAGAAGGACUGGAGACAGGGGAUCGUCCCUGCCCUGUGCUCAUGCAGGGGUUGGCGGCGCUCGGACCGGCCGGCUCCGGUGCCCACCUGCACCAGAUGAAGUGGUUCUUGUUUGGCCUCAUGAGCAAAGAGGUGACAGGGGCUCUGGAGGUCCUGCUUGGGUGCCGUGUCCCCCGGGCGCUGAAGCGGGGGCUUCUGAGCUGGAUCUCUCUGCUGGGGCGACAGCCGGGCACCUGCACCCCGCCGGACUUGCGGGAUGCCUUCCGCUGCCUUUUCGAGACUCAGGAUGAGGAGUUUGUCCGCUUGGCAUUGGACAGCUUCCAGGAAGUUUGGCUUCCGAUAGAGCACCGGACGGACGUGCUGGUGUCCGCCUUCUGUCUGCAGCGGUGCCAGUAUUUGCAGAGAAUCCGCAUCGAAGUCCCGCAGAGCCUCUCGAAGGACGAGUUCUCCGACGCGCAGCCCCUCAUUCCCCAAGGGAUGCCAGCCAAGACCCUCACUGCUGAGUGCUGGGAAAGUCUCUGCGUCGUGCUCAGCACCCACCCAAGCCUGCGGGAGCUCGACCUGAGCGGCAGCGUCCUGAGUGAGCGGGCCAUGAAGACCCUGUGCGUGAAGCUGAGGCAGCCAACAUGUAAAAUACAGAAUCUGAUAUUUAAAGAUGCGCAGGUUCCCCUGGGCCUUCGUCAUCUCUGGACGGUUCUCAUUACCAACCGUAACAUGAAAUACCUGAACUUGGAGAGCACUUGCCUGAAGGAGGCCGACCUGACGAUGGCUUGCCAAGCGCUGAGACACCCGAGCUGCUUGCUGGAGUCGCUGAGGUUGGGUCACUGUGGACUAACCCCCGCCUGUUGCCUGCUGAUCUCCCAGAUCCUUGUUACAUCCAUCAGCCUAAAAUCUCUCAGCCUGGUAGGAGAUAAGUUGGCAACCCAGGGCGUAAAGGCUCUCUGUGAGUCCUUGACAGCCUCGCAGUGCGCUCUGCAGAAGCUGAUACUGGGGAACUGUGGCCUCACAGCCGCUGACUGCCGGGACCUGGCCUCAGCCCUCAUCAGCAACCAGAGUCUGACGCACCUGUGCCUGUCGAGCAACAGCCUGGGGCGCGAAGGCGUGAAUCUGCUGUGUCGAGCCAUAAAGCUGCCCAGCUGCGGGCUACGGAGGCUGACGCUAAAUGAGUGCAACCUGGAUGUCGCCAGCUGUGGCUUUCUUGCGUUCGCGCUUAUGGGCAACAAACGUCUGACACAUCUGAGCCUCAGCAUGAACCCUGUGGAAGAUGAUGGGAUGAACCUUCUCUGUGAGGUCCUGAUGGAACCAUCUUGUCACCUCCAGGACCUGGAGCUGGUUAAGUGUCAUCUCACGGCCGUCUGCUGCAAGAAGCUGUCCUGCGCGAUCACGAGGAGCAAACGCCUGAAGAGCCUGGAUCUGGCCGUGAACGCCCUGGGAGAUGACGGCGUCCUGGCGCUGUGCGAGGGGCUGAGGCACCGGAGGGCUUCUGUGCGGAGGCUGGGGUUGGAGGCGUGUGGACUGACUGCCAGGUGCUGCGAGGUCCUCGCCUCGGCCGUCCUCCGCAGCCAGCACCUGACCAGCUUGAAUCUGAUGCGGAACGAUCUCAGCCCUGAAGGAAUGACAACGCUGUGUCUGGCCCUCGCGCAGCCCACGUGCCACCUACAGAUAAUCGGGUUGUGGAAAUGGCAAUAUCCCACUCAAAUAAGGAAGCUGCUAGAGGAGGUGCAACGACGAAAGCCACAGAUGAUAAUUGGUGACAGCUGGUAUUCUACUGAUGAAGAUGACCGGUACUGGUGGAAAAACUGA